AAAAACUGCGAAAUUAAAACCUGGAAGUUCAAAGAAUCGAUCAAUACUCAGCAUGGAGAACAAGCGCUCGGACGAGUAUACCGCCUUGAAACUCAAGAAUUUUGACAACAAUGUGCAAAUUGUGAAGCAUGAGUUUCCAGACUCGGAAUCUUCAGAUACCGACCAUAGGUUCCGCGAUGGACUUUAUCAGUCGUUUGUUAGUCUCGGAGUUCUGAGUCUCCUCGUUCAUCCGGGAAUAUGCGUCACCUUAUCGACCAUUCUUUACCCUCAGCUAAACAUCACCAAAUAUCAAAACGCGUGGAUAGCCAGUCUACUAUCGAUCGGAAUGCCAAUCGGCUCUCUAUUUGUUGGGCCGAUGCUGGACAAAUUUGGACGGAAGCGAACAUGUAUUUUCACGGCGAUUCUGACUUCCAUCACGUGGGCAAUGAUCAUUUCCUUGCCGGAGGAUUUCGAUUUGAACUUGCUGUAUAUCAUCAGAUUUAUCAGUGGGAUUGCUCUAGGUUUGGCGACGUCUGUGAUCGUGUACGUCUCGGAGGUGACGAACAAGCACUGGCGGCCGGUGUACCUGGCGACGGUGAGCGUGUUCCUGGCGAGCGGGGUCCUCGUGGCGACGACCGUGGGCAUCAUGAUGCCGUGGCGCUCCUUCGCUCUCUUCAGCUUCGGCGUCUCCCUCGUCAACAUCACCCUCAUCCUCCUCGUCCCCGAGAGCCCCCACUGGCUCGUCCGCUUCUCCCCCGAACAAGCCAAACGGGCUCUCGUCAAACUCAACAAGAACAAACAGGACUUCAAUGAAGAAUGGGAAGCACUGGAGGCUCGGCGGAGCGCCCGCGCAAGCAGCACGUUCCGCAAAGCGCGGCUCCUGUCGCGGGAAGUGCGGCGUCCGAUGCUGCGACUAGCCAUGGUCUUCACCUUCCAGCAGCUCGGCGGCGGGUACCUCGUCGUCGUCUACGCCCUCCAGAUGUUCCAGACGGUCGUCCAGUCCGCCACGACCACCUCCAACCACGCACCCACCCCGGCCCCCACCAACGUGACCCUCCCCCUGGUCCAGAAGCACGAGUUCCGCCUCGGCGACCUGGACACCCUCUGCUUCAUCUGCGUCGGCGUCAUCCGGGUGGGCAUGUCCGGCCUGGCCGUCCUCCUCACCAAGCACGUCAACAGCCGGCCCAUCCUCAUCUCCUCGGCGCUGAGCUCCGCCUUCUCGGCUUUCGCCUUCGCCGCUGUCAUGUCCGGGGUCUUCGGCCCGGUCCGCGACCUCCUCCCGCUCUUCUUCGUCCUCCUCUUCCUCCUCCUUCAAUCCUACGGCAUGCUCGUCAUCCCCUGGGCGCAGAUCGGCGAACUCAUCCCUUUAAGCUACCGCGCCAAGGGGGGUGGAUUCAUGACCGCUUAUGCCUAUAUUCUCAUGUUCGUAGCUGUCAAGAUCUACCCGUACGCUGUCGAUUGGGUCGGUCUGGCAAGCGUCUUCGUAUUUUUCGGCCUUGUUGCGGCCUUGGCUUCCGUCUACGUCUACUUGUACAUUCCGGAGACACACGGCAAGACUUUCAAAGAGAUUGAGGACUUCUUUAAGUAGGUUUCCCUUAAAAACGUUUCUUCGAGUAAUCCUAGUAAAAGCAAGCGAGACUUACGAUAGACUGCUUGAGAAGAAAAUACCCUCCGACGUUAAAAUCGAUAAUUUAGACGUCGACCUUACCUCAAGUACUCUGAUAUCAGAGUAACGUGGUUUUGGUCAGUGUGAAAUUAGAGCGCUCAGACCUCCUGUCUAACUGGACGCUACGCCGCUGAUGUUUCGAUUCCUUUACACAGGCUGUAACCAUUGAGGGCAGUGUUCGAAACUCACCUUUGAGUUUUAGGAGCCAUGAGGCGCAUUGAGCCCGAUUAUUUGGCGCCAUUUUAGGUUUUUUAGGGGCCAAAUUGACUUUUCGCCUAUAUAUUACGGCGCAUUUAGUGAAAAGUUAGACGCAAGAUGUUUUAGUAACAGAACUAGUAAGAAGCUGUAACUUGGG